AUGGGAGACUUUGGAUGCGGUGAUGGAGGAUGGACAAUGGUCAUGAAGAUUGACGGUUCUAAGGUCAGUCAAAAUUUUUUUGUUAUUGAGCCAUUAUUGACGAUGGUAUUCUCAUGUCAUCUAAAAUUUAGCCUGGUGCACGUUAUGUUUUGUUUCGAAUCAUUUCCCCCUGGAAUAUCCUAAUUUAUCGCAUACAGGCCUUUAAGCCUUUAGCUAAAGCUUCACUUGGCCCUUUGUCUUGGAUUCUGGAUUCCAAUCGUUAUUAGGAUUCCCGAUUUUUUGAGCUGUAUUCCGGACUCCACAAGCAAAGAUUUCCCGGAUUCCGGGAUUCCAGGAUUCCGGUGUGAUUCACAGGUUUGAGAAAACGAAAUCAAAAGGUUGCCUUACAUCAUCUGGGUUAGUCAAUAAUGAUUUGCUAUCAUCACCUUCACAUUUUAGAGAACUUUCCACUACGAUUCCCAGUUUUGGAGCAACAGAGGUGCAUUCAACCUCGCUGGAGGGAAGACUGGUUUUGACCACCAAGAGACCAAAUUGCCGUCUUAUUGGAGCACACCCUUCUCCAAGAUCUGCCUUGGUAUGAAGCUCGGUCACGAUAUAACGUUUAUUUUCCUGUACAAACAAGCUAAC